AUUCAGAGAAAUAGGCAACACCAAACAGGCCUUUAUUUCUUCAAUUUUCUAUUAUUUUUUGUAAUCCUUUGUCUUUCUUUUCAUUUUCUCAUCCAUUCUUUGUCCUCAGUCUUCGCCUCCAUUCUCUCUCACCAUGACUCCUCUGAAAACGUUUCUUGCACUCUUAAUCACCACCGGAGUGCUCCUCAAUAACAAUCUCCUCCUUCCGGUGCGUUCUGUUACUUCCCCUCAUGACAAAGACCAUCUUUCCUUCUUUGACACCGUAACAAAUUCAAUUAAUUCAAAGCCAUCUCCUGAGCUAGCCGGAAACAACCGGUCCUCCACACGUUCUCGAGUUACUUUGGGAUGUGAGGUGUGGGAGGCGGCAUGCUCGGAGGCGGUGCUGCGCCUGGCUAAGACGCCAGAAAACGUAGAGUGGAUUAAGGGGUUAAGGAGAAAGAUUCAUGAGAACCCGGAGCUGGCUUUUGAAGAGUUUGAGACAAGUAAGCUGGUUCGUGCCGAGUUGGAUCGGAUGGAGAUUGAAUACAGGUACCCGUUGGCAAAAACGGGUAUUCGGGCUUGGGUUGGGACUGGCGGUCCGCCCUUUGUUGCCAUCAGAGCUGAUAUGGAUGCUCUUCCCAUACAGGAAGCUGUAGAAUGGGAACACAAAAGCAAAGUAGCUGGGAAGAUGCAUGCUUGUGGGCAUGAUGCUCAUGUGGCUAUGCUUGUAGGUGCAGCAAAAAUAUUGAAGGCUCGAGAGCACCUUCUGAAGGGAACUGUGAUCCUGAUAUUCCAGCCAGCAGAGGAAGCAGGAAAUGGUGCGAAAAGGAUGAUUGGAGAUGGGGCCCUGGAGAAUGUGGAGGCCAUUUUUGCAGUCCAUGUAUCCCAUGAGCAUCCUACCGCAAUCAUUGGCUCAAGGCCUGGUCCCCUACUUGCUGGCUGCGGCUUUUUCAGAGCCGUCAUCAGUGGAAAACAGGGUCGUGCCGAGAACCCUCACCACUCUGUAGACCCCAUUUUGGCUGCUUCUGCCGCUGUUAUUAGCUUACAGGGAAUCGUAUCCCGAGAGGCAAAUCCUCUCGACUCACAGGUUGUAUCUGUGACAUCAUUCAAUGGAGGAGAUAAUCUUGACAUCAUACCUGAUGCAGUGGUCAUUGGAGGUACCUUCAGGGCUUUCUCCAACUCAAGCUUCUACCAACUCCUCCGAAGGAUUGAAGAGGUGAUUGUGGAGCAGGCUAGUGUUUUCAGAUGCUCUGCGACAGUCGACUUCUUCGAAAAGGAGUCCACAAUCUACCCACCAACAGUCAAUGAUGAUGCCAUGUACGAGCAUGUGAAGAAGGUGGCAACUGAGUUGUUGGGUCGUCCAAGUUUCAGGGUGGUUCCGCCAAUGAUGGGUGCUGAGGACUUCUCCUUUUACACACAAGUGGUUCCUGCAGCCUUUUUCUACAUUGGCGUAAGGAAUGAGACACUGGGAUCGAAUGUCACGGGCCACUCCCCCUAUUUCAUGAUUGAUGAGGACGUUCUCCCUGUCGGUGCUGCAGUUCAUGCAGUUAUUGCAGAAAGAUACCUCAUUGAGCAUUCGUGAGCUGAGGGCUUGUCUCUUGGUUUAUCCUGUAAAAACCAGGUAUAGGGAGAUUCAAAUCUCACUCAUGCUAGCUUAAUUUUGGUGUUCUUAAAAUGCAUAUAGAGGAAUGUCAAGGAUCCUCUGCUAACGCUGUUCUAUUUCCUAGUAGAAAGAUCUCUCUCUAAAGGUAUCAAAUUUGCAUAAACCAGAAUCCAGAAU